AGACGAAAUUGUAAAUACUACUCAACCUGAGUCGAUAGAGAGAGGCGGGGAAAAGGGCAGACAUAGAAAUGUAGAAAACAAAUACUUAGAAAAUGUAUACUCGGUAAGGCGGUCAGAUAUGUCGACUCGACAAUUUAAAAAAACAGAGCGUAACAUCGGUUGAGCGAGACGCGCAUUAUGGAAUCUUCAUAAACCUGCCUCGUUGCAUCCGCUAUUUGAUCAACCAAUGGCCUCCUCUGGAGAACAAUUAUUAAUAUUAAUAUGAAUGCAAAUAUCUGGUAGCGCACCGCUUGUGUUUAUUUGUGCAGUUGUUCAUUUUUUAAAUUUAAGCCAUCCAUGUUUUAUCGGAUGGUUCAGAUAACGUGCAGAAUCUAGGAGCGUUCCAUUAUUUUAUUUGUGAAUGGGUUUUUUGGGGGGGAGAAUAGCAUUUUUAACGUCGCAAUGAACUGCACCAUGGAUUUCAAUCAGAAUUCUUAAAGGGUAGCCCAUAGUGGCAAUUUAAUCGGUGAACAAAUAGAAACGCUGUGCAUGUAAACAAGAGCCAGCAAUCUUCUAAGAUCCGCCCAUUUCGAUAUUCUAUCUUUCAGUAUUUCUCGACACAUCUGGAAAAAGUGUAUUAAUUUUACCGUUCUUCCAGGAAGACGGCAAUGUCAUCAUCAACAUCCCGGCGUGGUUUUGUUGUUGUCUGAUUUUACUACUGGAUAUUGGCACUUACCCCUGCGCCAAGCCAUACCUCCGUUGUUUUACAAGGUGAUUGAAGUGUGGCCUGCAGUGACAUCCAUCCCCUUCUCCCUAUUGGCCUUCUAUACCAUGAGCUCUGGCUCCGCCCAGGAUGUGGCGGUGGAGCAUUUCUUGCGUGACAUAGAGAGGCGGGGCAAGCGGCUACAUUGUGCUGUGAUUGGUUGUGAGGAGCAGCGUCCCCGCGGCGACAUGAACCUGCUGUAUCGUAAGAGCCGGCUGGACUGGAGGCACAAGGACCAGGAUGGCAAUAAGAAGAGCUCCAGCCAGAAGGACCCCUCCUCAGCCACGGUGGGCAAGGUCCGUGACUUGGCAUCCUUCCGGCGCCACUUCCGCAUGGGCUUCAUGACCAUGCCUGCCUCCCAGGACCUGUCCCCUCACUCCUGUGCCUCUGCCAUGGCUCCCCGCUCCCAGUCCUGCCACGCCGUGGGCGCUGGAGACACAGGUCUGGAGAAUGGGGAAGAUUACUCUGACACCCAGUCACAGCACGGCGGGCGCUGCCCCCCUGCUAAACCCAAACGCCAUCCCAGCACCCGUCUCAGCUCCUCCUCGGAUCCCAGAGCACCUCACGCCCCACCGGACGCCCCUCCGCCACCCCCGCCCACUCACCCGCAGGCCAAACACUCAGAGAAGAAGAACGCCAUGAAGAAGUCUGACUCAGGGGACAUGUCCAAAAAGGUGCCGCCUUUGAAACCCAAACGAAGCCCCAGUACUCAGCUCUCGUUUGAGCCCCCAACUCCCUGUGUGCCCCCUCUUACCACGCCCAUCCAGGGGGGUGAGGGUCAGCCUCAGGGGGACGAUGAGCCCGUCUACAUAGAGAUGGUGGGCCAAGUGUUCACCAGGGAGACCCAGACUGCCACCCCUCACCCUGUCACGCCCGUAGCCACCACGCCUGAUUCAGACUCAGACCAGAGUGAGGCCAUCUAUGAGGAGAUGAAGUACCCACUGCCAGAGGACAGAGAGGGACACAAACGCCUCCCUCUCAAACACGAGAGACUCAAAUCCUCCAAACACCACCACUCCUCCUCUGGCACGUCCGCCCAUCUACCUCGCCCCUCCUCCUCCCCCUCCUGCUCCAAACAUAAAGCCACAGUGUCCAUCUCCCACUCCUCGCCCCUCCCCUCCUCCACCUCCUCCACCCCUGUCCCCCAGCCCCUCUCCUCCAGCCCGCACCCCCCACGAGCCCCUACGCCCUACCUCCUCCAGGGAAACAAAUCAGAGACAGAGUCCACCAGUAAGAUCCCAGCCCCCUUCCCCAACCUGCUGCAGCACCGACCCCCGCUGCUCGCCUUCCCCCAGCCUGCUGCUGCCUCCAGUGGGGUCGGGGUCCAACACAAGGCUGCUUCUGCCAAACUGGGGACCAUCAGCAUUCAGACCUCCUCCAGUAUGACAGCUCCGUCUAGCACCUCCUCCUCCUCCACCACCCUCUCCUCUAACCUCCCUGUGCCCCUGUCAGGCUCUAAGGAGUCUAAGGACAGAGACAGAGACAGCCAGCUCGGCCCUGCACCAGGGCUAAGGGCCAGGAGCCACUCCACACCCCUGCCCCCUUCCUCUAAGUCCACCUCCCCCUAUUCCCACCACCACCACCACCAUCCCCACCCUCACCACCGCCCCUCACACUACCACCACUACCGCAAGCCAGAAAGAGGAGACUCGCCCAACCCCAACACCAACAACAAGAAUGGUUCGGAGACCUUCUCCAAGUCCAUUGCCCAGACCCAGACCCAGGGCUCGGGCAAGGAGGGAAAGUCUGUGAGCUUCUGCUUGAAGUUAGACAAAGCAGAGAGGGACAGGGACAGAGAGAGGGAUAAGGACAGAGAGAGGGACAGAGAUGGUCACAGGGACAGUCACAGAGACAGAGACAGGGACAGUGACAGAGAGCGACACAGGGAGAGAGACAGAGAAGCAGGGUUCCACUUUACCUCCUCUCAGGCUGAGAACACCACAAACAACCUUUCAUCCCAGAUCAGUGCCAGUUCAGCCACAACCUCGUCCUCCUCCUCUUCCUCCCACUCUCGCCCUCACUCUCGCUCCCAACUCCACCGCUACCACACCCCCCACGGCCUACCCGCCUACAAGCCCCCCUCCUCAGACAGCCCCCUGCUCUGGACCUACCCCUCGGUGGGCUUCCGGAGACCCCCGGCGUACGACAGCCUGCGAGGAGGGUCUCAUCUGCCCUCCUUGCACCACCAGGGUCACGGUGAUGUGGCCUCUAAAAGCAGCACGGUGCCUGGGCCCGUCCAGGGGAAGGCUGGGUUCAUGCCCUGGGACAACAGUGGCUUUGGAGACGACGGGUCUUACUUGCCCAUGCAGAGGAAACUGUCCUUCAGCCAAGGCAGCAGAGAGACAGAGAGAGAGAAGGAUGAAGGGCGGGCGUGGAAUGGCAGUGCCGAUGCCCUCCUGAGGAUAGACAAGGAGGACCUGGGCCCUGGACGUCGAGGAGGAGGAGGCCACUCUGGGAUCCCAGUACGCUUCACUGGAGGGAGGGGGCUGGGCCACAGUGAGUCCCUGGCUGGGAUGGAGGGGGGGUCCUUGGGGUUCCGAGCCCUGCCUAGAGGGGGUCUCCCCCUCCCGUGCCAAACCUUUCCAGCCUGCCGCAAUGGAGAACUGGGUCGAUUGAGCCGCUCAUCAUCCACCUCUGGGGUGAGACAGGUGGGUGGAAGUGACGUUCAGCGGCAGAGCAGCCUGCCCCACCGAGAGGUACUGAAUCAGUUGCAUGGGCUGUCCCAAUCCUCCCAAACGCCCUGCAGUCCUAUCCUGUCCAGACAGCAGCAGCAGCUCCAGCUCCAUCAGCAGCAGCUGCAGUUACAGCAACAGCUCCAGCAGCUGCAGCAGCAGCACCACCUCCAGCUGCAGUUCCAACACCUGGCCCAGCUGGCCCAGGGACAGCCUCCCACCACCGGGUGCGCUGCCACGUCCGCAGCCCAAACCCAGAGGGAUGGCAAGCUGCUGGAGGUCAUUGAGAGGAAGCGCUGCCUAUGCAAAGAGAUCAAGGCCCACCGCCGCCCAGAAAAGAACCUGUGUAAGCAAGACAGCAUGCCCAUCCUGCCCAGCUGGAGACGGACCCCUGAGCCCCGGAAGACGGGCACGCCCCCCUGUCAGAGGCCCCAGGCCGUGGUGUGGGACACAGCCAUCUGAGUGGAGGGUUGUUGGGGCAGCGGAGGUACAGUAGAAAAACAGGGGCAAGUAAAUAAGUACUAUUGGGUACGAUUGUGGUGAGAAUCAAGAAGUUUACACAUGGAGAGAGAUGGUGACAAUCCCUCUCUACAAAGGGAAAGAGGAUGGAGGACUAUUUCCUCUCUUAGGAGUGACAGUGUGAUUACCACCGACCUCCACAGAAGGGUGAAAAUAUACAUGAGAGUAAGAUGAGAGUUUUGUGCUCUCACAUAGUAAAAUAAACUUUAUUUGGAGCUGAUACAAGGUGUACCACGUUAAUGAGAUUUUUUGAGGUGUGUGGGCCAGAGAGAUAAUGAACUGAAACAUAAAUCGUUAUUUUGCCAAGAGUGAUCAACUCUACUUUGUAGAGAUAUACAAAGAUUGGGAAGAUUCAGUUGAGGGAUAUACCAAUCCAAUUUGAAACCAAGAAGAGAUAUAUGUACAAUCUUUCAGUACAGUGUGAUUUCUUCCACUUUAGUUUUAGUAUUGUACAAGCCCUUCCUUGACUCUUUAUUCAUUUCUUAAACGCCAGUCAACUCAGACUUUGUUGAAUCAAAAAAAGGGGAGAAUUUAACCUAUAAGAGCAAUGCUGGUUUAAAUAAUUAGGCCUAAUUUCCCCUAACUUAACUGCAGUUUACAUGAAUUUUCUCUCCCUCCACUGUCACAAAUGGCUGUUGGUAGGGAGAGUUUGAAUGAGACUUCAGGUUGAUCCUCAGCAAGACACAUCUUAUACAAACUUAUGUUCAAGCACACGGACACAGACACUUUAAACACACACACACACCAACACACACAC